AUGAGCGCCCCACUCUCGCCCGAAGAGCGCGAACGCUACACUCAAAUCAUUGAUGGCAUUCUCACCACGGCAGACCUCGAGACCAUCUCCCGAAAGAAAAUCCGGCAGGGUCUCGAGGCUUCUCUUGGCGGCCGCGACCUGAGCGACCAAAAGGUAUCGUUGAUGUCUUUUUUUUGUUUGGCUUCGCUCCGCGAACUUCUGCCGUCUUAUCUACUCCAAAGGCCCUUGUUACUCCCCGAUGCUAACAAGUAUUCGUCGCAGGAUGCGAUUAAGAACCUCAUCGAGGCUCGGUUCGAUGCCGUGUCUGGAGCCGGCGCGGACUCGGUACCUGCAUCAUCCGUUCCGGAACCCUCUCCAUACAAACGACCGGCUACCAACGGCGUGUCCGAAAACGCCGAGACGGAUCCGUCUGCUUCGCCCGAGCCUGUGAAGAAGAAGAUUAAGCGGUCGUCGCCCUUGGAGGAUGCAGAUGCACGCCUCGCCGCUCAGCUGCAGGCGCAGGAGAACAGCCUAGCCCGCAGCCGUUCGACGAGGGGAGGCGGUGACCGCACGAGGGUUGCCAAGAAGAAGAAGGCGCCCCGGAAGAAGAGCGCGAAGAAAGUCGGCGGAGAUGACGACAGCGAUCUUGAUGGCAGUCCAGACUCAGCCCCCAAGAGAAAGGCUGGCGGCGGCUUCCAGAAGCCCUUCAUCCUGAGCGCCACCCUCGCCGCACUCUGUGGCGAGACCCAGCUGUCCCGUCCUCAGGUCGUCAAGAAGCUGUGGGAGCACAUCAAGGCGAACGACCUCCAAGACCCCAGCGAUAAGCGCCAGAUUCGCUGCGACGACAAGAUGCACGCCGUUUUCAAGCAGGCCAGGGUCGACAUGUUCCGCAUGAACAAGGACAUCGGCAGCCACCUGUACCCCGUUGGCGAAGAGUAG